CGGCGCUGGGCGAGCGUUGUUCCAGUCAGUCAGUCGUAAGAUGGCGUUCUCGCUGCUGCUGCUGCCGCUGCUGCUCGCGGCGCCGGGACUGGCCAAAGUUCAGUACAAGGUCCACUGUUCAGAUGACACCAUGCAAGUGGAACUCCUUAUGACUGAGUCAAUGGGUGCUGUAUACUUAGAACAACUGAAACAUUAUCCUAAUCCAGCAUGCCAUCCAGAAACUGAAGGCAAUAAAUUGACUUUCAAUUUGUCAUUAAGUGAUGUUUACCAGUGUGGAGUGACUCGAGUGACAAAUGAAAUUACUGGACAAAAAAUAUAUUACCAUCGAAUUAUAGUUGAAAUGACAUCUGAAGAGCCAAAAGAAGUGAUUUUGGCAAAGUGUAUUGUGAAUUCGCAAGUGAACCACACCUUGACUAGGAGAAGUGUGCUGCCUGUGGGCUUUCAAGAAGCAGAUGCCUUAGAAGUGAGCUAUACUUUUGAGCAGAAAGUUGAAGCACCAACAUUAGGAGUUGGUGUUCGUCAAGGAGGGCAACUUGUAACUGGAGAGUUGAAUGUGAAUCCAGGGACACCGUUGCAAAUGGAAAUAUAUCUCGAUAAAGCCACUGCUCCAGUAUAUGGUCUUCUAGUCAGUUACAUGAUGGUAACAGAUACAAAAUCUCAGGAUGAGACUAUUAUUUUCAAUGGUUGCUCAGUUGACACAUACUUAUUUGAAAACUUCAAUACAGUUGAUGGUGAUUUUCUGUCAGCAAAAUUCAGAGCAUUCAAGUUUCCUCAGUCAACCUAUGUUGAGUUUAAGGGGACAGUGAAUGUCUGUCUUGAUAAAUGUCGUGGUGUGGAAUGUAGCAAUGGUCAAAUAGGGUAUGGACGAAGGAAACGAGAAGUGCCUACUAUGGCACCUGAUCCAAACAAAGUAUUUGAAAUAACAAUGACAACAUUCAUUAAAGUUGAUUAUGAAGAAGAGGAAGUUGCUGACAAAGGUCAAGCUCCAGUCCCAGAAUUUAAGGUGAAAAAUGACACAAAGACACCACCCAAGAAGAUGAAUUCAUUUUACAAUGCUGAGCCAAAAACUCUUCUACAGCUUGAAAGUGAAGACAUUAGGGAUGAUGUAAAAUACAUUUUAAUCAAUGAAAAGAAUGGCGCUAGUAUUUUCACCUGUUCACUGAUUUUUGUCUCAGUAAUUGUGCUUCUCCUCUAAUGUGCUCUUGUUUCUCAAGUAUGUUAGACAGAGACAUCAUCACCGAAAAAGUUUUUUUCACAGUUUUUAAAUCACAGUACACUGUAUGUCCAGCAAUAUCACCUUCAAGAUGAAGGCCCAAGGAAACACAGACAGUCCAUCAGUUAGUCAGUCAGUGAGUCACCAGUUCAUAAUUAGCAGAAGAACUGUCAGGAAAAUGUAAUUCAUUGACAAUUAAUGUGCACUGAAAGUGACUGACUGGUAAGCCUAAUGAAAACUGCCUAAAUUUUCCAAUAACAUGAAUGAAAAAAGCCAUAUCAGCUUUCAAAUAUUCCCAGGUUGGUUAACUACUGUAGAUCCAAAUUAAAAAAAAAAAAAACAUUCACUAUGCAAAUACUUGAGUGAGAAUAGUUUUUUACAUACUGAGACAAAAUCAAAAAAAUGUUUAAUUAUUACACAAGAAUACACUUUCUGCCUAAGUUUCACAACUAUUUAUUUUACACAACUGAAGUUUCAAGUUUGAAGUCCUUUUUAAAAUGUGUCUUCGUGUGUAAUAAUUACGAUGUUUCACGAAGACAAACAAUAAACUCAGUUUUUUUUAAUUAUGUGAAAUAUAUUGGGCUUUGCUCUGUGAUGAUGAAAAAGUAAUGUGCCAUUUAUCUGUACUGUGAUAUUUUUCAUAUUGCAAAGUUAUCUCAAAAACAAUAUUAUUGAAAUAGAGCAGAUGGACAGUGCACACUUGGUAUCACCCCUCAUUAUAAGACAUCUUGAAGGCCACUCAGAAAAAAUGUUCAAAUGUGUGUGAAUUCCUAUGGGACCAAGGCCACUCACGCUGAACAUCUGAGACACGGAAAUCACUAAAUGAAGACAAUAUGUUGUUAUUUAUUUUGAUGAAGGAGAAGAUAAUCUGUGUGAUGGAUGGAAGUUAUCAUAAGGCUGUGACAAUACAAACAUGUCUGAAAUUUAGACCCCGCAAGAUUUUCUUCUUACUAUCUUAAACGUGUUGUGAUGUUUUCAGUGUGAGUCUAUUCUUAUGUGAUGUGUUUGUAAUCCUGAUAAAUCACAUCGUCUUUCUUUGCAUGUUGCUUUUAUAGUUCCUUUUAUGAAGACUUACUUGCUUCAGUUUUGUGGAGUAAUGUUUAUACUUCAGUAACAUUCAUACAUUUUUCCAUCUCUAGGAUGUUUUUCCCCCUUCUUCUAAGAACUCAGUUAUUGAACAAAAUUUUUAACAAAUUUAGUAAUUACAUAUUAAAUUUCUACCUUCUGGUAGGUACAGUAUAUUAAGAAAGGAUUGGAAAUGCCAGGCUUACCACUACUAAUUUCAAGUCAUUCAAUAAUCAUGACAAUAAAUUAAAUACUCUAUGCUACAUCAGAAAUAAAUCACUGGUUCAUAACAAGGGACCAAAACUGAUAAAACAUGUUAUGCCAAUUACAUGAACUAUUAAUUACAUAUGUAUAUUUUUAAUGUUAAUUUACCAUACAGUGCACUUUUUCAUACAUAAACAAAAAUAUGUAAAAAAGUUAACCAAUGAAAAUCAAGGUUGCGCUUCCCAACAAAUGUUAACUACAUGGAAGACAGUCUCAAAACACAGGCCCUUCAAGUCCUUAUGUUGCCCACAGUUUUAAUCUCUCAGGAAGAUUCAUAUGUUACUCAACAGAGUUCAUUUGCUUAUAGAGUGGACGAUUUAUGGAUAUGCUAUAAGUCUCUGAUACAGCUGGCUUAAGUUGUUUAUUUUCGAAUAUAACCCUCAUCAUUCAUCUGAGAAUGUUCUUCUAUACAGACUUUUUACUGGAUGCAAUCACAGAUUACAAUGGCCUUUAAGUUAAUGAUGCACUAAAUAUCAUCAGUUCUAUUUAUAUGAGACAAGGAAUGCAAUGAAAUAAACAUGCAGUUCAUCUGGAACUGUAUUUCUCUGGUAGUCUCAAUUAAAUCCUUAAUAAUACUUGAAUAUUUCUGAAGCCCAAUUUCCCUUUUUAGCCUGUUUUUCAGAAUAGUUUCUGAAAUGAUAUGUUGAUCAUGGUGCUUUUUGAUUUUACUUUAGAUUUGGCCUUGACAUGUAGGGCCUACAUGUCAGCAGCUAUUUGGAAUCAACUAACUCUUGAAGUUACAAUGUGUGAGCUAGGUACCUUUGCUAGCAUGUUGAGAGUGCUAGUAACAAACACCACCCUGAUACAGCACAGUAUUAACCUUGUGAAAUGAGCUGGAUAAUCUCAUAUGGCCUUAGGGUGAGCUAAAGCUUAGAUUUAUAGCAUGCAAUACCAGAAAUAAUUCACUAAAACCAAAUUUGACUCAUAUAUACAGCUGUAAAAAGGGAAAAAACUUUUAAAAAACCUGAAACAGUCCUACAGCAGUAAGAAAAUGUUCACUUUAAUCAUUUUUACACUUAGUUGCUAUUUACCCUGUAACAUUGAUAUUAUGAGAAAUGUCAAUUAACAGUUUACAUAAUAAUGCAAUGACAGUUCCACAUGUUUUGAAUUCUGACACAUUUCCUAAUAGUAAGGCAGUUUCUUCAUUCAACUCCUCUCAUUGUAAUGCCUUUAGUUAUAAAAUAUUGACUUUCAAACUGCAUACUAGAAUGCAGUAUCAAAGCUGUCAGAGAACCAUCUGUACAGAUUACAUUAUGCAUUGCAUUAAAAUAUCUAUUUGUAUCUGUUACCAUUGUGAAUUAUCAACCUCAUAGCUUUGGCAUCCAGAGCAGUUCCAAGAAAAUCAUAUUUUCUUGUUAGUGGCUAUACCUGUCCUAAUAACUAAAUCCACUGCAGUGGCUACUUUUGACUAUUAUUUGUACAUUUAGCAACUCUGUCAAAUUGGUGUGCUUGCAAGCAUGUUAUUCUAGGAAUUUUAAUCUCAUAGUAAAUUACUGCCACGAAACAUGUUUUAUUGCAGAGCUCUUCUUGGACAUAUUCAUUUGAAUUUGAACACUUUCAAAUUCCUAUUUGGUUUUUCUGACCACAGAUGAAGUUACAUUACUCUCAGUUUCUGGUAUAUUAAUCUGGCAUUCACAGUGAUCUCUAUCUGAUGAAGUGAAAGGACAUUAUGGCUGUCAAACUUUUACAGUGUUUCUAUUAGUAAAACUAUACCGUUGGGUCUUUUUUUUAUGUAACUUCACAUUUCGUAUUCAUUUUCAUUUUCUUAUGCUUCAUAGUUUUGUGAAGAAUUAUACUCAAAUACCUUUCAAAAUGGUAUUUCAUGUCACCUUAGGCUAGUUCCAGUUAUGAUGCAGUGUCACACAAUCCUCUUCAGAAAGCUAGUUCUUUGCUUUUCCAAAAUGUAUUGUAUGCUGUAAAAGAGUGCUUCACAUUACUGUAAAUUACUUAUAUGUUCACAUUAAGUUAGACUUUACCUAAUUUGAUGGAAUUUGACAAUAUUUUACUUUCAACUGUGCUGUAAGCUAUCACUAUCUUUAAACAAAAUAUGUAUGUCUGAUUCACAGCAUUUUGUUAAGUUUAUAAAUUGUCUUAUAAUGGUUGACUGAUGAUGAUAAAUGAAUUUAAUUUGCUGGGAUGAGCUUAAGGUAUUAUAUCAGAAUAUGGAAAUACUGAAACUAUUAUGGUAAAAUGCUCAAUCUUGAAUGAGUAAUUGUAGUUGCAAAAGUGUAUGUGAGUAUGUAUUGGUAGGAAUUCUGUAAUGACAGAUCUUUCAUGAUAUGAAGAUAAUGUUAACUUAGACAUUGCUUGGGAAUAUGAAAAUGUACAUGCUCAUUUGUGAGCUUAUUAUAAGAUAUGAAAUGCAAGGCAGUCUAUUUGUGUCAUGAAAACUGCUUCUGAAUUAUUUAUAGAGUAAGAUAUUCUCAUACAUGAAAAUGUGAAAAUACUUUUCCUACUACUUAUGGUAAUUUGAGAGUUAAUAAUGUCAUUGUUAAUUUCUCCAUUAUGUAACUUCCAAUUUCACUGACUCAUUAAUAUCACAUCUCAUAUUUUAUUAUUUCACAAUGCAGGCAAUGUACAUGUUGUUUUAAAUGGAAGAAAUUGGAUUUUGCAUUUGGAGGAUUGCUCUAACACAAGAAUCAUGGCAUAAACAUAGUCUUCAGACAUAUUAAUGUUAUGCUUUAUUGUGUCAGACCACUUAAUGAUUUACACAAAUAAAAAGAAUCGCUUAAAAUAAAACCAAUUGCUUAUUA